CUACUACCAAUUACCAACUUGGCGCAUGCAAACAUAUGUCGAAUCCGUCUGAAUCCAAUCCACCAUGUGUGUGUGCGCGCGCGCCUUGUGUUAAUGGCAAUUUGACAUUUCGUUGGUUCAUUUUGUGUUUGGUCUCAUUUCGAAGCUGUGAAACGUUCUACGCGUCGUACCGCUGCCCUUGUCGUGACAAGUAACCUUCUGUCGACACCACCCAAGAUGGCAGAGCGACCUGAAGAUCUCAACUUGCCUCUCUCUGUUGUUACUCGCAUCGUCAAAGACGCCCUUCCGGAUGGCGUCAACGUUUCGAAGGAAGCACGGGCCGCGUUGGCUAAAGCGGCAAGCGUGUUUGUACUCUACACCACUUCCUGUGCCAACAACUUCGCAUUGAAAGGCAAAAGGAAAACGGUGACUGGCUCCGAUAUCAUAUCGGCCAUGGAGGAGAUGGAGUUCGAGAGUUUCAUCGACACACUCAGUGGAAACCUGGAACAGUUCCGGCAAGGGAAGACGAAAAAGGACGCUAACCGAGCUAAAAAGCACCAAGGCGUUGAUGACAUGGUCUCAGCUGGCGAUACCGAGAUGGGAGACGAUGGCGAAGUCGAUCCAGGUGAUGAAGAAGCGAGCUGAAAAGCGGAGGCUGAUACCACGCAGUCACUUGAUGUUUGACCGUGUUACCAAGUGCGAGGCAGCCUUGCCGUUCUGGUCGGAAAACUUGCUACCGGCCGACAUUCAUCCCCGCUUGUGCUGUGCUUUAUUUGUCUGCGAGUGAUUAUUUCAUUGUCUUGUGCUUGUCGCUGUUAUUGUCAUUACUGUUGCCACGAAUGAUAUAGAAAAUACGAUCAUGUGGGGUUCUUCAGCUCAUGAACGGCACCUGAUUUGUUUACUGUAACUUAAAAGCCUGCGUAUUGUGCCCGGUUGCAGUGCUUGGGCUCCAUGCUGUGUGCAUCUUGGUUUACAUCUUAAGUAAAUGCAAGCUCGCGGG